CCAUGCCAGAGUUGUCUUUGCUAAAACACAAGUUGAUUUCAUUCCCAGUCAGAAAAUUUUCGCUACUUGUGCUAAAUUCCAAAACUCCCGAAGAUUUGCGUCUUUGCUCCAUUCAGUCAUACAAUGUCCUACCACACAACUUCUUCCAAAGCCAUUCUGCUCUUGCUACUCCAUAUUUUCACUUUCCAAACUCUCAUAAAUGCCACUUCUUUUCCUAGAAAUACAACCGAUCAUAUGGCCUUGAUAGCUUUCAAGUCCAAGGUUUCAAAUGAUCCUCAAGGGAUUUUGAAGUCCUGGAAUGAUUCUAUCCAUUUCUGCAGAUGGAAAGGCAUCACUUGCAGUCGUAGAAGGGAUAGGGUCACCAUCUUGGAUCUAUCAUCUAGGGACUUGGUGGGCUCUUUGUCUCCUUUCAUUGGAAACUUGAGUUUCCUUCGGGAGAUUAGACUUUUAAACAACACCUUUCAUGGUGAUAUCCCAUCCGAAAUUGGUCGCCUAUUCAGGUUACAAGUCCUCAAUCUCAAUGAAAAUUCUUUUGAGGGAAAGCUCCCACCAAACCUGUCCCAUUGCUCCAACCUCAAUGCCCUCAAAAUUGAUAACAAGAAGUUAGUGGGAAAACUUCCAAUGGAGCUUGCUUCCAUGUCCAAGUUCAAAAAUCUUUCCAUUCGCUUCAGUCAUUUUACUGGAGGAAUCCCACCUUUCAUUGGGAAUCUUACCUCUUUGGCGGUCUUAUCCACAGGUGGUAAUGACUUUGGAGGCAACAUUCCAGAUGCCUUGGGCCAAUUAAGAAGCCUGUGGUUUCUUGGACUCGGAGGAAAUAAUCUCUUUGGUAAGAUACCCCCAUCAAUCUAUAACCUUUCCAUGAUUUCUAUUUUCUUCAUAUCUAACAAUCAACUUGAAGGAAAUCUUCCAUGGGAAAUGGGACUCACCCUUCCUAAUCUAGAACAGAUUAAUUUGGGGAGAAACACUUUUAGUGGGCAGAUUCCAAUAAUAUUAUCCAAUUCUUCAAAACUUGAAAGAUUAGAAAUGCCAUCAAAAAAUUUCUCUAGAAAGCUAAAAGUUCCUCCUGGGCUCCUACAACAUUUGCAAUGGCUAUCUUUUGCUGAUAAUCAUCUAAGAAGCGGGGACACUAAUGAAAUGAAUUUUUUAACUUCUUUGGUCAACUGUAGCAAAUUGCAAUAUUUAGUGCUUGCUAUAAAUCAAUUUCAAGGAAGAUUGCCAAAAUCUAUAGCCAAUCUAUCAAUUCAACUAAUAGAGCUUCACUUUCAACGGAAUAACCUAUUUGGAGACAUCACUCCAGGGUUAGGCAAUCUUGUUGGUUUAAGUAUAUUGGCAUUGCAUGAUAAUCAGUUUACAGGCAAAAUUCCAAGAGAGAUAGGUCAACCUGAACAACUUGAUACUAUAGCUCUUGGCAUAAAUAAACUUUCAGGAGAAAUUCCAGAUUCUUUUGGAAACUUAAAACUACUGAGAAUUCUUGGUUUGGAACAAAACAAGUUAAAUGGAAGCAUACCUUCAAGCCUUGGGAACUGCCAAAGUUUUAAGAUGUUGGUUCUUUCUCAAAACGAUCUUAGCGGCUCCACACCCAAAGAACUUUUCAGCAUUUCUGCUUUCAGUUUUGCACUAUGUCUUUCUCAUAAUCAUCUGGUUGGAUCUCUACCUAUAGAAAUUGGUCAAUUGAGAAACUUAGAUGCACUUGAUGUAUCUGACAACAUGUUAUCAAGAGAAAUUCCAAAUAGCCUAAGUGGCUGCAUCAGCCUAGAGUUCCUCUUCCUUGAUAGAAACCACUUUCAAGGUAGCAUUCCUGAAUCUUUAAGCUCUCUAAGAGGAAUUCUGUUUCUUGAUCUUUCUGUCAACAACUUAACAGGUAAGAUCCCUCAAUACAUGGAAAAUCUCACAUUGGAGUAUUUGAAUUUGUCUUUCAAUAACUUUGAAGGAGAGAUGCCAACAAAAGGCAUCUUUAGAAAUGCAAGUGCAAUAUCUGUUGAAGGAAAUAAGAACCUUUGCGGGGGAAUGGCUGAACUUGGGUUGCCUAAAUGCCGCAUCAAAGCAACAAAGAAAGGAGUUCUCGAAGAAGAUGGAACUCAUGCUGAUUCUAAAUCAGCUCUCCCUCCUUCACCUAAGGCAGUUAAGGCAGACUCUCUUGAAGAAAGGGUAACCCUCUUGCCAAGCUCAAACGCUAAGCUCGGAGACGCCAUAAAUGUCCACUGCAAGCUCUGCGGCAACAAGUACUCAGGCGAGAAAAAAAAAAGAAGAUUGAAACUCAAAGUACUUGAUCUUCUGUAUCGAGGAGCUUCCAAGAGUUUCAUGGCAGAAUGUGAAGCCUUAACGAACAUUCGUUAUCGGAACAUUGUCAAGAUCAUAACAUCUUGCUCAAGCAUCGAUUCCCAAGGCAAUGAUUUCAAGGCUCUAGUUUAUGAGUUGAUGCCUAAUGGAAGCCUGGAUAAUUGGUUGCAUGCAUCUGCUCAAGAAACAAACAAUGCCCAAAGCAGAGUCCAGAGUCUAAGCCUAUUACAGAGGAUAAGCAUUGCUAUUGAUGUCGCCUCUGCUCUUGACUAUCUCCAUUACCAUUUUGGGAAGCCAAUUUUUCAUUGUGAUCUAAAGCCAAGCAAUGUUCUGCUAGACAACGACAUGAUUGCUCAUGUUGGGGAUUUUGGGCUUGCAAAGUUUAUUUCAUCAAAUUCAAAAUGUCAAACCAAAGUAGUUCAGUUGGAGUCGGGAACAAUUGGGUACGCCGCGCCAGGGGACGAAAAGAUUAUAAUGCUUUUAAAAUUUUGUUCUUUCUUACAGUAUGGCAUGGGAAGUGAGGUAUCGAUAAGUGGCGAUAUAUACAGUUAUUGGAUCCUGGUGCUGGAGAUGAUGACAGGAAAGAAGCCCACUGACAAUCUCUUUCAAGGAGGAUUUAAUCUUCAUCAUUAUGCUAGAAUGACCUUACCUGAUCAGAUUGUCGAGAUUGUGGACCCAAAACUAGUACAAGAGGCUGAAGCAACCAUUGUUAAUAGGCAGAGAUCACGAUUUAACACAUAAUGGAUUGCCUGAUCUCAAUGAUUAGGAUUGGUGUGGCAUGUUCCAUGGAGUCGCCUCAAGAUCUAUGCUCAUGAGUACAGUUCUCAAUAAGCUACAUCUUAUCGAGAACAAUCUUCAACGUAGCGGAAGGUAACAACUAGUAUAGCUCUGAGCUACAUAUCAAAAUCUUAAAGCAUACUUGGGUAUGAAUAAGUAGAAAGUGUGUUGCUGUGUAGUCGAGAGGUGUGAAGCUUUCUUAGUGUCGUCUAAUUUUACGCUUUUGGGGCUGUUUUCUGCACUCUUGUUCUAUUUCGUCACUCGGUUUGUACUGUUGAAGUUUUCUUGUGCAACAUAUUGCUGUCUUGGCUCAACAGAAACAAAAAUGCAUGAGUAAUAAAAUGUCAAUAGCUCUAUACUGUUUUUAUAAAACCAUUCAAACCUCCCCAAAAAACACUUUCUUGGAAUUGCCAUUAAAGGAGUCAUGUUUCUAGUUCUCUAGACAAUAAGAAACCCUUAAUAAAUUAUGUUGAUUCGAACUCCUGAAAGGAAAACUGUAAAUGUUGUUUGGUCGUGCAAUUUCUCCAUUUUCAUCUUGUUUGAAGAUGAGUUACAUUCUGGUUUUCAAAAUAAAAAUGUUGGAUCUGAGACUUGUAUCUAUCUGUGAUUUCUGUAAAGGUAAUAUUAGGUAGAAAUCAAAUCUCAAUAAUUAAGUCUUAGUUUA